AUGAGCCCGAAAUACGAUCCAAUCGGAAGAAGAAAAUUUGAUUCGGCAGCAAAUGAGCUGGGAAACGUGCAAUCGAGAAGAACAAUGACAAGAAGAAAGAAGGCCCAAAAGGAGCCAGCGGCCAACAGCAACAUAACGAGCGUAUGGAGUGUAGACCAGAUUCUGGGAAUGGCAAAAAAAGAAGGAUUGGAAAAUUCAAUGUUUCCGGAAUCGUUUGAAGUACCGAACGCAGUGCAUGAUGUCGUUGAAGAAGUUGCCCGCCACACAAGAUAUUUUGAAAGAACAAUUAGCGAUGAUAACGGAAAAAGUGUGAACACAGUUGUGAGCGAUGUGAUUGUUAACAUAGUUCAAGCAGUCGCCAUGUCAUACGAACCACAAUCAAAAAACGUCGAAGGCGCGUUUUUGAAAAAUCUCGACUGCUCAAUGACAGUGACUUUUGCAGUAGUGACGAUCGACGAUUCGUCAGACAGUUGUUCAGUUCAUAGCGAAUCGCCGAAACGUCGCGGAGGGAGACCGAAAAAGCCAAGCAGGAAUGCCGAUUGGAGUACAACUGCGAUGUGUCUUUGGAAUCAACUAGUUCGCGAGUAUACGAAUGAAAAGGAGCUGGUAAUCAUUGCGCUCGCGAGAUCACAAAACUAUGAGCCACAAUUUGUUUAUUAUAAUUCGCUGAUUUUUUUGGACCAAAGUGAUGAUGAUAUACCAUUCCAGUCAAACACAUUGUCAAACAAUAGCAAUGGGUUGUCGAAAGCUGCAGACGAAGAGACUAGUUUAUUGGCUGCUCAGAUUUUGGCAGAGGCCCAACUGAAAGCGUUGGAGGCAACCAAUCCGCGCAAUAUGUCGAUGUCUAUUGCAAAGUUAUUAGAAAAUUACGCUGAUUUGUACCGGUUCCAGACGGCAUUUGUUGAAUCGCUCGAUCCUAGCCAACAGCUCAUUAUCAAAACGAAGAUCACCGGCUAUGUACUCCAACUCUGUCAAAAUUCUUUUGCUUCGCCUUCAGUAUUGUGCUCGCCGUGUUCCGAAUUUUUUGCAUUAAUUUCCAGAAGCCAUUAA